AGGCAGCGUCAACUUUCUCCUCCGGAGCUGUGAGGCACUCAGAGUCUAUGUCAGAGACAACCCAGCGGCGAGCCGAGCUCCUGCGGAGAUUUGUUUUUGAUGCCGAGCGGACUGACGACAGGCCGGUGAGUCUGCAGUGGGAUAACUAUGCAUCAGACCUGUAUCCUGAUUCAGCCAGAGUUGAUGCACUCAGGGACACACAUGGCCCUGUAAGCUGUGACUGUGACCAUACCAUCAAGGAAAUUCCUCCAUCCUCCAGGGUCACUCUGAGAGAUUAACAACAAUUCAGAAGUCCACAGGGAGAUGGCCGCUGAGGAGAACCCAACUAAACUGGGAUCUGCAGAAGCACUCCGCCAAGUUUCGCCUCCUUCCACUGGGUGCAGACCCAGCAAGCAGGGUAAACAUGCAGCUAAUCUGCCGGAAGCGAGGCGGAGCUCUGACCAGCUGUGGCUUUCAAAGCAGCGGAGCUGUCCUUCAAUCCUCCUCUACAGGAAGCUGUCGUGUGACAGUGUCAAAGGGAAUCUUUUGGAUGAACAGUGUGAAAACUUCAAUUACAGCUCAAAGGUCAUCAGUGCCAAAGAAAAGCUUUUCGCAGAACUUUCAACUGUUAAACACGUUGAGCGAAAAGCUACGAUGUGUAGGAAGGGGUCGGAGGGAUCUGUGUUCCUGGGCAACGCAGGAGAUAAAAUGGAUGAAGGUGGAGGCAGACGUACCAACAGUCCAUGUUCCUGUGGGAUGUCUAGCUUUGACAGCCUUCAGUCCAGUCCGAGCCCCAGCUCCAGUCCUGUUCAGCGUUGUCAGCUCCGUCGCGGCAGUGUGCCCGUGUCCAUGCUGGCUUUCACUAAGGGCCGUCCCUCCAGCGAGCCAAGCUCUUUGGCCUCUUCCCCCUGCGGCUCUCCCCAACCCAGCCACCUGCAUCGUCACAGAAAUGGUCACAUCCCUCUGUACCGCUUCAAAGAUGGAUAUUCAAGUUUAGAGAGGCUAAACAGGAGGCCCAAAAUACAAAAAUGCUCCUCGGACAAAGUAUCCGUUCGAAGGGGUUCUCUUGAACAUGAGCUGAGGUCGUCUUCGGCACGGACCCCGGUCUGCAGCUGUAGGAGCAACAACAGCGACGAGGAGGAGGAGGAGGGAGACAUCCUGCUGGACAGCGCGGAGUUUGUCAGGGACCGUAAGGAACGUUCCACUCUGCUGGUGAGGAGGUUCUGCAAGAAUAACAAGAAGGUGACCAAGUCGGUGUGUACAGGAACCAGAGCAAUUGUCAGAACGCUGCCCUCAGGUUGCAUCUCAGAGGAAUCCUGGAGGAUUGUUGUUGAAUACAGAUUCUGGCAUCCUUGCAAACAAGACCUGAGGCCAAUCUUAAAACGCGGGGAGGAUUUCAGAGGCUGCAGGGCAAUGCUUCGCUCUGUCAGAGUGAACCCGCACUGGGUUACCAGCUGUUUGCAGGACAGAGAAGAAACAAAUCUAAUUCAUCCUUCCAGAAAGCUCCUCUUGUCUCGGUCUGGAUGUACCUGUCUCAGGGAGUCUCUGUAUCUACUCCACCUUGCCAGCUCACCAGGACCGGACUUGAAAACCUGCUUUAUUCCUUCGUGUUAUCAACCCUCUCAUCCGCAUAGAUUAUAUCGCGCUUGUGACCAGAGGACACAGCUGUGUUCCCUGCUCUCCGGAGCGCUCCUUGAGGCCACGGUUUCUCUCGGGGCUCGGGCCGCUCUUCCCUUCUCAUUACCCCAGUGCUGUAACGGCCACGCUGUGCUAAAAGAGCGUCAGCUGGCCAACAGUAUGACCAGCAGCAGCUCUCUUCCUCCCAGUGUCAGCGGGAUCAGUAAGGAGCUGGCAGAGCUGCGGCACCUUAUUCAGUUCCCAGAGGAGAUCGCCUGCGUCCUCACGGAGCAGGAGCAGCAGCUUUAUCAGCAGGUCUUUCCGUUAGACUACCUCUGUUUCCUCACUCGAGAUCUUGGCAGUCCCGAGUGUCAAACUAGACGACACCCAAACCUCAAGGCCUCGCUGUCGGUGCCCGCGAUGCCCACUCAGAGUGCUCAGCGAAGCAAUGCUGUGGAGGACCUGGUGGCACGGUUUAACGAGGUGAGUUCAUGGGUGACGUGGCUGGUCCUGACUGCUGGCUCCAUGGAGGAGAAGAGAGAAGUUUUCUCCUACCUUGUCCACGUCGCCAAGUGUUGUUGGAAUAUGGGAAACUACAAUGGCGUCAUGGAGUUCCUGGCCGGACUAAGAUCCCGGAAAGUGUUAAAGAUGUGGCAGUUUAUGGACCAGUCAGACAUCGAGACCAUGAGAAGCUUGAAGGAUGCCAUGGCUCAGCACGAAUCUUCUUCGGAGUACAAGAAGGUCGUCACCCGGGCACUCAAUAUCCCAGGGUGCAAGGUGGUGCCGUUCUGUGGGGUUUUUCUGAAAGAGCUAAGUGAUGCACUGGACAGCACAGCAAGCAUCAUCAGUCUCAAGCAAUCUCCAGAUAGCACAGAGGACUCGAUAGAGUUUGUGUCCGACUACAGCGGGCAACACAAUUUCAUGUCCCGGUCCGGGUCGGAUGGGCUGCACAUCCCGGAGAAAGAAGCUACCGUUAGCAACAUCCUGCAGAUUAUUAGGUCGUGCAAUCGCAGUUUGGAGUCUGAAGAAUCCGACGAAACAUCUACCAGUCCCUCCUCGACUGGUCCAACCCCCUCAUUCAGAUGCAACUCUUUACGGGAUCGCUGCCGCAAUCAUUACCAUUCAUUUAGGACAACGGCAGAAACAAAGCGUGUGUUUUUCUCAGUUGGAGACCUGUCGGACUCAGACGGUGACCUGUCCACUGAGCCUGCGGUGAAAGAGGUGGAGUUUCAGGGUACGGAAGAGACGCACAGAGCUUUCAGCCACGGCACAGAGCUCAUUCCCUGGUAUGUACUGUCGUUACAACCAGAUGUUCACCAGUUUCUGCUGCAGGGGGCUACAGUCAUUCAUUACGACCAGGACACCCAUCUAACUGCUCGCUGUCUGCUGCGUCUCCAGCCCGACAACACAACACUCAUCUGGGGCAAACCUCAAAGUGGAGGAGCUUCCGUCACUGAGCAGCCGCCCGGGUUAGGGCUGAGCGUGUUCCCUGGCUUAGCCGAAGGCCUCCUGGACCUUGGGGUAGUGAAGGCAGUGUUUCUGGGCCAUCAGGGGGUCGAUGUUCACGCUGUUUGUUUGCAAAACAAGCUGAGCCAAAUGACGGUGGAGGAGAACGGUCUGACUCUGCUCUACGGUCUCAGUACCACUGACAACAAGCUCCUGCACUUUGUGGCACCUAAUCACACCGCACAAACGCUCCAUAAGGGCCUGUCAGAGCUGGUGAGCGCAACCAGGAAACUGAAGAAGUUUCCCGACCAAAGACUGCAGUGGCUGAGGAGGCAGUAUGUUAGCUUGUAUCAGGAGGACGGCAGGUACGAAGGUCCCACAUUAGCUCAGGCCAUUGAGCUGUUUGGUGGGAGGAGGUGGAACAUGGGGACUGGUGCUGUAGAGAAGCAAAGUAAUCAGAAAAACAGCCCACUCAGCAUCAAUGACAAGUCCAAGAAGAAAAAGAAGGCUCUUGUAAGGGGAGACAGCGGGGAUGCCACUGACGACGAGAUGGUUUCCAGGAAGACACGGAGCUGUAAGGAAGGUCUAUACCGAAACGGUCCUGAGUCCGACAGCGUCGACCAAGAAGAUCCAGAUGACAGCUUCCCAGGACCUUUCUCCCUAUCAUCCAACAAGAGCUCUGGGUUGCUAGCCUCUUCCUCUUCAUCGUCUUCUUCCUCCAGCAUGGCGGGGUCCAACCACUCCCGUCCACAAUCCUCUCCGAUCCUGUCAGGAACCUCCAAGUCACAGCCAGGGGCCUGGAGCAGCAGAUCGUGGCACGGCCGAGGUAAAGGCUGCUUCAGGGGCUUCCAGAAUCUCAUGAUUUCUGACAGCACCAUGAGCUUCAUUGAGUUUGUUGAGCUCUUCAAGUCAUUCAGCAUCCGAAGCAGGAAGGACCUGAAAGAGCUGUUUGACACCUUCGCUGUGCCCUGCAGUCGCUCGGGUCCAGAAUCCUCCCCUCUCUACACCAACCUCAAGAUAGAUGACAAAGACACAGGGCUACAGCCAGACCUCGACUUAUUAACGCGGAAUGGAUCUGAUCUGGGCCUGUUUAUCCGGACGAGGCAGCUGAUGUCAGACAACCAGAAGCAGAUCUCGGAUGCAAUUGCGGCAGCCAGCAUUGUGACGAACGGCACAGGGGUGGAGAACGCAUCGCUCGGCGUUUUGGGAUUGGCUAUUCCACAGCUCAAUGACUUUUUAGUGAACUGUCAGAGAGAGCACCUGAGCUUUGACGAGAUUCUGAGCAUUAUACAGAAGUUUGAGCCCUCAAUGUUAAUGAGACAAAUGGGAUGGAUGUCAUUUGAAGGUUUUGCAAGGUUCUUGAUGGACAAAGACAACUUUGCUUCUCGUAAUGAGGAAUCUCUGAUGAAUCCAGAUGAGCUGCAGCACCCUCUGUCGUAUUACUACAUUGAGUCUUCUCACAACACCUACCUGACAGGUCAUCAGCUCAAAGGAGAGUCCUCCGUUGAGCUUUACAGCCAUGUCCUCCUUCAAGGCUGUAGGAGUGUGGAGUUGGAUUGCUGGGAUGGAGAUGACGGCAUGCCAGUCAUUUACCAUGGACACACACUCACCACUAAAAUUCCCUUUAAGGACGUGGUGGAAGCCAUCAAUCGGUCUGCAUUUGUCAACUCUGACAUGCCGGUCAUACUGUCCAUAGAGAACCACUGCUCCCUUCUGCAACAACGUAAGAUGGCUGAAAUAUUCAAGACCGUGUUUGGAGAACGUCUCGUGACUCGUUUCCUGUUUGAGGGCGACUUCAGCGAUGACCCUCACCUGCCAUCCCCGCUGCAGCUGCGUGGGAAGAUCCUCCUCAAGAACAAGAAGCUCAAAGCCCAUCAGGCACCGGUGGACAUCCUCAAACAGAAGGCUCACCAGCUGGCACACAUGCAAGCCCAGGCGAGCAACGGAUCACCAGGAGUUUCUUCCUCUAACAACCACGCCAACGAGGAGGAGGAGGAGGAAGAAGAUGAAUAUGACUAUGAUUACGAGUCUCUAUCAGAUGCUGAUGUCCUCACAGCCUCUACUGCCUCAUAUGGCCUUGAAGAUAACAUCCUGGAUGACAAACCUGAUGGUAAGAGCCCGGGAGACAAAGAGGAGCCAAGUGUCGAUGAAAUACCCAAGAGGCUGAAGAAGGCUGAAAACAUGAUGCAGAGCAAAGGAAAGGUGUUUGACAUGGAGCUGGGUGAGGAGUUUUACCUUCCUCAGAACAAGAAGGAGAGCCGACAGAUCGCCCAGGAGCUCUCUGACAUCAUCAUCUACUGCCAGGCUGUAAAAUUUCCCGGUCUCUCUACAUUGUCUCCGUCUGGCUCCGGUAGAGGGAAGGACCGGGGAAAGAGCAGGAAGUCCAUAUUUGGAACGGCUCCUUCUCGCUGUGGCACAACGGGGGAGGUGACAGCUCAGAACCGCACCCCAGGAAAAGUUGGCUCCGAACGACACAGCUGGGAGGAACAGCAGACGUCGCCUGUCCUCAGCACCCCCACGUCGCUCAGCGCCAUCAUCCGCACACCCAAAUGCUACCACAUCUCAUCCGUCAACGAGAACGCAGCCAAGCGCCUGUGUCGGCGCUACUCUCAGAAGCUGAUCCAGCACACGGAGUGCCAGCUGCUCAGGACGUAUCCAGCAGCGACCAGGAUCGACUCCACCAACCCCAACCCUCUGCUCUUCUGGCUGCAUGGAAUCCAGCUGGUGGCGCUCAACUACCAGACAGACGACCUGCCUAUGCAGUUAAACACGGCGUUGUUCGAGGCUAACGGCUGCUGUGGCUACGUUCUGAAACCUGCUGUGCUUUGGGACCGCAGCUGUCCACUUUAUCAGCAGUUCUGUCCGAUGGAGAGAGAUCUGGAGAAAAUGAGCCCGGCAGCAUAUUCCCUCACACUUAUUUCUGGACAGAACGUUUGUCCGGGGAACACCUCCGGCAGCCCCUGCAUCGAGGUGGACGUUCUGGGAAUGUCGGUGGACACCUACCACUUCCGUACCAAACCCAUCCACCGCAACACCCUCAACCCGAUGUGGAGCGAGCGCUUUCCGUUCACCGUGCAUUUCGAGGAGAUGUGUUUCCUGCGACUGGCCGUGGUGGAGAACAACAGCUCCCAGAUCACUGCUCAGAGGAUUCUACCUCUGAAAGCCCUCAAACCAGGUUACAGACACGUUCAGCUGAGAACGCAGCACAAUGAACCUCUUGAAGUGUCCAGCUUAUUUAUCUACAGCCACAGAACCGAGGAGGGUCCCACAGGGGGCGCCACUCCCUCAUCUUUGCUCUUCAGCUCAGAGGAGAAGCGUGCUUCGGAGCAGCACAGAGUGACGGUGCAUGGAGCUCCUGGUCCAGAACCCUUCAAAGUCUUCUCUGUCACAGAGCAGACCACCGCCAAACAGCUGCUGGACAUGGUGGUAGCAUCUGGAGGCAAUGCCUUAGAGUACUUCUUGUGUGAGGAGAAAGUCCCCUUGCUGAAGGAACGCAGUGAGGUGAAACGCUGUGCUCAGUAUCGCGCUCUUGCUCCUGAGGAGGAGGUGGUACGGCUGGUCAGCUGCUGGGACGCCGAGGACGGAUACGUGGGGAGAAUCUGCCUCAAGACAAGAGAGGAGAACCUAAAUGACAAAAACACUGUCCUGGACCGAGAGGAGGAGGCAACGGUGGGGGGCAAAGAAGGAGCAGGAGGUGGCGGGAGCGCUGGAGGAGAGGAUGAGAUGUUCUUAGUCCAGGUCCACGAAGUUUCCCCAGAACAGCCUCACACUGUGAUCAAAGCGCCGCGCUACAGCACGGCUCAGGACAUCAUCCAGCAGACUCUGUCAAAGGCAAAGUAUUCCUACAGUAUUCCGUGCAAUCCCAAGCCCUGUGACUACGUGCUGGUGGAGGAGGUCGCCAGGGACGCUGGUUCAAAGAAGUCCUCCGCCACCAAGCCUCUCCAGCGCGUGCUGCUGGACCACGAGUGCGUCUACCAAGCUCAGAACCGCUGGCGGGGCGCUGGAAAGUUUAUUCUUAGACUCAAAGAGCAGUUGGUGCGGGAGGACAAGAAGAAAGUGAUUUCCUUCGCCAGCGAGCUGAAGAAGCUGACCAGUCGCAGCCGCAGCAUGACGACGGGCGUGGCGGCGGACGGGCCCGCGCAGAGGUAUCUCUCUGCAGCUGCAGGUCUUAAGGCGUGGGUGACUGAAGGUAGCACGGAGGCUGGAAGGUUCAUCCAGGGCUCCUCGUCCUCCUCCUUUCACGGAGAUCUCCAACUUUUCCACCUUCCCAGCUGCUCUCUGACGCUCCGCGCCUUGAGGCUCCACCUCCUUAGGAACUGGAAGAUCCAUAAAUGAGAUCCAGGAGGGAAAACUUGCACUGACUACUCGUAAACUUGAAGGAUCCCCCUGUUUUUUUUUUUUCCACAAGUUCUGAAGUGUUUCUGUGAAGAGUUGUGGAUGUCUAGGUAGAUUCUUCUUGGCGCUUGGAGAGGAUGCCAGCCUUGUUUCUUCACCUGGCUGAAUGAUGGACAGGAGCUGGGAAUCCACCAGGAGCCCCAUCCCGUUCCUCUGAGUUAAUGAUGAUCGCUGUGGCUCCAUAGAGGGUCCAGAGUACCAGCGGCAGCUGUUUUUAAUCGCAGUCUUCAGGGACAUUAAAUAGCACUAAAAUAUUCCUCUUGUUUCUGUUGAGCAGGAGGAAAGAAAUCCCUGAGGGACAAUCAAUAGAUAAAUAAGUAUGACUUUAAACUGCUAAAUGAGCUGCUCAACAGAUAAAUACGUCUAACAAACUGUCCACCGGGUUGUUUUCUAGUUAGGAUGGCUGAAAGGUGGCACUGAGUUGAUGUAAACUGAUAUUCCAGCAGUAACAGAUGGAGGAAGAUCUUGAUUAAGCUGAAGGGGUUUUUAAGUCUAAGGAGAUUUCAUUCUUCCUCUCGUGGAUAACGACGUUGUGAAGGAGGCAGGCAAGCGGGCUUGUUUGGUUCUUCUCUUACUGUUUGGGUUCUGUAGUGCUGUAAGAGCUCAGUUUGAGGCAGAUCUGUAAACUUUUCCACUUAUGUUCACUAAUAGAAGCUGCGAGGCAACCGUUGAACACUAACAUACGUGCACUAAAAGGCGACGGCAUCCUGAGAGAGCGUAGCUUUGGUUCCUGCUCAGGAGGAACUGUGGAACCUCACGGUUGUUUUUGCUUGAGUUUCAUGUGGCUGAAGAAACUGCCUCUAACUUUUAAUUGUGAAGCUGUUUUUAAGGAGGAUCGAAGCUGUUGCACAGAAAAUCUUAGAGCUCGCUUCUCUUGUUACUCAUCAUUGUGGCAACUAAUGCGAUACUUUAGAAGAAAAUAGCGGUUUUUCAGUAAUAAUGAAAGGACACUACACAUUUAGGACCAACAAAGUCUGUACACACGUAAAUAUUACGCCACCAUUUCCAAAUUUCUCAAUCUCAUGUGACCAAGAUUGUAAGUGGAUAAACACCCAAACUGAGACAUUUUUCUUCUAAGUUCGUGGUUCUUUUGGAUGCAGCAGUGCAGAGUUCAGCUCAAAGAUUUGUUUGUGAUUUUUGUCCCAACAGCAUUUUGCACAUUUCUUCUUAUUAUUCUCUCUUUUGCAGUUAGAUGGUCAGGAUGUUUUGUUUUGUUUAUUUUGUGCUACUUUUGUUGUCCACUUUUUCCUUUAUUUAAUUUUAAAGAAAAUGUGAGAUAAAAUUGUAUUUGUUCAUAUCAAUGUAUCGUCUGAGCUUAGAUUCUAAAGUUGUUGGACAUAUUUUUGUAAACAAAAUUCAUAACUAGAAUUACUUUGGGUCAGUAUUUCCCAUUUUCAGUCGUAGCUUUUCCCUAUUUAAAUAAAUUGAUAUCAUUUAGUUUAUUUUUUGCUUUAGAACAUAAUUAGAUGUAUUUUUAAUCUUUCAUUUGUUAAGUAUGUUGGGUUUUCCCUCACAUAUCACUAAUCCUAAAGGGUUCCUAAUAAGUUAACAUGUCUCAAUGUAAUUAAGACAAGUAAUGAAAUAAUAUUUAUUUAGUUAUUUUCCCUGAGCAAAGCUUCAUUGGAAAAAAAACAAAACAAAAGAAUAUGUGGAUAAAAAAAAGAGAAGUCAUCCACAAGAAAUUGUCUACCAGUGCCUAAAUUUGUUAAAGAGUUAAUCUAAUAGGCUAAGCAGUCCUAUUCUAUAAUAAAAUAUUUAAUGGAUUUUUUAGCCUAAAUACUGACGAUGACAUGAUGUAAACAUUUUAUGGUAAGGGCAUUUACCUAUCAGAAAAACAACAAUGGAAAAGAUUAGUUAUUUCAACUUCAUUUUUAAAUUGAUUAUUGAAUUGAAAUACUAGCUAUUUUCCUUUGUGUGGUCAAAAACUGACUAUUAGGGUUUGAAGUAUGAUCCACUUUCCUUUUUAGAUUUAAAAUAACAAUUCCUGGGUAAAGGGAAAUGUAAAAUUUCCCUGCGAUCCCCAACGCCUCACGAUGAUGUGUUGGCAACAUUUAGUAAAAGAUUUUUUUACUUAUAUCUCUUUUUUGUCCACAAAAAAAAUGGCUUUUUAAAUCAGUUUAAUAUGUUUAGAAUUAAAAAUCAAAGUUGUUUUCUUUGGUUGGCACUGCUUUCUGAUAAGAAAACCAUCAAUUUACAAAACCUUGCACAAACCAACCUUAAAUGGCCGUUGAAAAAAAAAAAAAAAGAUACGGUGUCUGAAUAAACACACAACCUAAUCGUCAGGUUUUUAUGUAACAAAUCGUUCAUCAUCUCCUCUGUGACUUGCUCCGGUUAAAUUCCUUCUCGCACAGUUUGCAGAAGGAGUCCAUUUUUAAGACCUUUAACUCACAUUCCAACCUUUUACUGACUCAGAUCCUGUACUGAUUUAUUACUGUUUAAACUCGGAGUAUUCCAGCUCCAAAAGGCCUGACCUUUUCUCUUUUUUUUUAUAUCUUGAGCUUAGUGCCAAGUAACCUCUAACUAGUUUGAAUUUUAGUGCAAUAUAUACUGAAGCUGUGUCUUCACUCUUUCAUUUUCAAACCUUUUCCUUUAACUGUUGGCCGGGUGUUAUUGUUGUAAUUGGUCAGAACUGAAUUGAUCCACACACACUGAUUAUCAUCCGACAGCGGGGAGGUCUGGUCCCAGAGGCUUAUGGUAAUUAGGCUAGAUGAAACGCUGAUCCCAGAAACCACAACUUCAUGUCGGUGGUAAUGAAGCUAUAAUCCCUUUUAUCCUAUCAGACAGCUGUUAUUAUUAUGGAUUAGAAUUUUAAACACAAAGAAAAGCCAUUGUGUCAAGCAAAAGAUAACACUUCAUCAAAGGACCGUUAUCUACAGCUUCCCUUGCCUGGAUGAAAGUGAUACAGUGCAGGUAGAAAGUGUUUCUGUUGAGCUGUAGAAAUCAAGAACAUCGGCUUUUUCCACACAUUCACAUCUUGAUUUCCUUCCUCCUAACCUGUAGGCCUAAGUUCUGAAUGUAACCUUUAUAGGGCUUUUCUCUUUUCUGUUUUUUUACAACCUGAGAGAACUGUGCGUGUUAUUUAUUUAAAUGUGAAGCCCUGGUUGGCAGUUAUGUUGUUUCUGUACAAGUUUCCUGUAAGUAGUUUUAUUUUUUUAUUUAUUUCACUAAGAGAACGGGCGCGUUCUGCUCCCUUAACUCGUCUCAAACUUAUUUCAGCGUGUAAAUAGUUUUAUCUGCGUGAAGUAUUCAGUGUAGUGAUCACGUUAUCUUGCAGUUAGGAUCUGUCAAUGUCAUAGUCUUCAGUAAUGUGGGGGACAUUUUUUUUAUUUACUUUUUGAUGUAUUCUUUAUAUCCACUGAAGAUGGCAUGUGUUGCUUAAUGUCGGCUGUGUUGCCUCUUUAGCACUAUUUCCAUGAAACAUUGAGUAUAUCAUUUACCACCCAUGAUCUGUGUUAAAACCUAACUGUCAUAAGCACAUGUGUAUUUACUUGAAUUCCUAAACGGACAAUUAAUGAUGGAUUUGUCACAUAGCAAAAUCUGAAUAAAAUGCAAAUAUUGACUGAU